GAGUGUAUUUCGAUGCACGUGGGCCAAGCAGGUGUUCAAAUGGGCAACGCUUGUUGGGAAUUAUAUUGUCUCGAACAUGGAAUUCAACCGGAUGGAACAAUACCAUCAGACAAAGUAUCUGGAACAAACGAUUGUUUUAACACUUUUUUCAAUGAAACCAGUUCUGGCAAGAUGGUACCGCGUGCUGUAAUGGUUGAUCUAGAGCCUACUGUCGUUGAUGAAGUAAGAAUAGGACGUUAUAAGCAAUUGUAUCAUCCCGAACAAUUAAUCACGGGGAAAGAAGAUGCUGCAAACAAUUAUGCUCGCGGUCAUUAUUCCAUUGGAAGGGAAGUAAUAGACUCUGUAAUGGAUCGUGUAAGAAGGUUAACGGAUCAGUGUACAGGACUUCAAGGAUUCUUCGUCUUCCAUUCGUUCGGAGGAGGUACCGGGUCGGGAUUCACCUCGUUGCUUAUGCAAAAACUGUCCGAUGAUUAUGGAAAAAAGAGCAAAUUAGAAUUUGCCGUGUAUCCGGCACCGCAAGUAUCUACUGCUGUGGUAGAACCAUAUAAUGCAAUUCUCACGACUCACACUACCAUCGGCCAUUCAGAUUGCGCAUUUAUGGUGGACAACGAAGCAAUUUACGAUAUUUGUCGGCGGAAACUUGGUAUCGAACGACCUUCAUACGCGAAUCUGAAUCGUCUUAUCAGUCAAGUAGUAUCAUCGAUAACCGCGUCCUUGAGAUUCGAUGGUGCUCUAAACGUUGAUCUAACGGAAUUUCAAACAAAUUUAGUACCAUAUCCUAGAAUUCAUUUCCCGUUGGCAACUUACGCCCCUGUGGUAUCGGCCGACAAAGCCUACCACGAGGGUAUGUCCGUCGCAGAGAUAACAUCUGAAUGCUUCGAAGCAUCUAAUCAGAUGGUCAAGUGCGAUCCCCGUGAAGGAAAAUACAUGGCCUGCUGUUUGCUUUAUCGCGGCGAGGUCGUACCAAAGGAUGUGAACGCUGCAAUUGCCGCAAUGAAGAGAAAAAGUUGCAUACGUUUUGUUGAUUGGUGUCCGACUGGUUUUAAAGUAGGAAUCAACUAUCAGCCACCUACCGUUGUUCCUGACGGAGACCUUGCCAAGGUACAAAGAGCGGUCUCAAUGUUGUCAAAUACAACUGCUAUCGAAGAAGCCUGGGCUAAAUUAAAUUACAAGUUCGAUCUUAUGUAUCAUAAACGAGCGUUUGUUCAUUGGUAUGUCGGGGAAGGUAUGGAGGAAGGUGAGUUUGCAGAGGCGCGCGAUGAUCUUGCUGCAUUGGAAAGAGAUUACGAAGAAGUUGCUAUUGAAUCUUCAACUACACCAGAUGCUUCGAUGGAAUAUUAAUAAAUACAAAUGCACGUAAUUCAUGCAAAUACUUCGGCAUUUUUCAGCUA